AUCGAAACAUUUUCGCAAGUAAUCUCAACAAUGACAGAUGUGAAGUGGUUCCAAAACCAUCUCCCCUAUCAUUUCAAAGACUGCUCUCUGCUCGAAGAAGCGUUUCUCGCUGCUGGAGCCUCAAUUUCCCGAUCCGAUGUUGAAGGCCCGGAAAAAGGAAAUAAACGACUAGCUUUGGUAGGAGAUGCCGCGUUGCGCCUCGCAGUAAUCGACGAUUGGUACAAAGACAACACUGAGCCAUCCGCGGGCCAUGAGCGCUUUUUAAGUGUCGGGACGAACGACCACUUGAAACAGAUUGCAAUCAAGUGGGGGAUGGAGAGACUUAUCGUGGAAAAUCCCACUCAAAAAGGACAAUACCCAAGGGAAACGAUGGCAGCGACCGUGGAGGCAAUCAUUGGAGCCGUCUGGGUCGAUUCUGAUAAAAAUCUCGCUGCGGUACAGAAGGUUUUGAACACUCUGAACGACUGACGAUCUUAAGAAAAAACACCGCAUGCGGAAGUCAUACGUCACAUCUAGGGGAUUUCGUACGUCACUCACUUAACU